GUGAAUUCCACGAGAACAAAGAACGGUCAUACUAGUUCCGACUAUUGAUUGAAAUAAAAUUUACGCAAAUACAAAAUUUUUCUUUUCCAAUGCAAAGUAAACCAUAAAAAUCCAUUGUGAAAAUUUGUGGGGUGGUGGGUGCCAAAACGGAUACGAUACUCAAUAGGCGAUAGUCGUAGUAAAGAGAGCGGCAAAGAGAGAGCGCAAGAGAGACCGACGAGAGCAAAGAGAGCAUGUAUUUGAUGUGUACUCAAAAGCGGGCGAAGAGAGCGCACUAAACACCCACAAACACUCGGCCACUUUCGCGCAAUAUACACAAACACACACGCGAACAGGCAAAAAGGACGAGGAAAAGUAAGAGCUUUCUGGGCCAAACUAGGAUAAAGAUAAAGUGCUGUUUUGGCCAAUAUGAAUCCGGCCGUGGAUGCGUGGGCGGUGACCCCGAGGGAGCGUAUGAAGUACCAGGAGCAGUUCAAAGCACUCCAGCCACAGGCAGGAUUUGUGACCGGAGCCCAGGCCAAAGGAUUCUUCCUGCAAUCCCAACUGCCGCCCCUGAUCCUGGGACAAAUCUGGGCUCUGGCGGACACCGAUUCCGAUGGCAAGAUGAACAUUAACGAGUUCAGCAUAGCCUGCAAGCUUAUCAACCUCAAGCUUCGCGGUAUGGAUGUGCCCAAGGUGCUGCCACCCAGCCUGCUGGCUUCCCUCACUGCGGAUGGCCAGAAGACGCCAUCGAUGACGCCACGUGGCUCCACCAGCUCCAUGAGCCCCAUGGAUCCGCUGAAGGGAAUGGUUCCUGCAGCAGCCCCCGCAGUGGUUCCCCCGCCCAUGGUGGCUCCUCCUCCGGUGAUUGCACCGGUUCCAGUCAUCUCGCCACCCGGCGUCGUGGAUCUGGCCAAGGUGCCAGCUGGCCCCACGCCGCCCUCCAGCAACCCACCCAGUCGCCACAUGUCCAUUUCGGAGCGAGCGCCAUCCAUCGAGUCUGUCAACCAAGGAGAAUGGGCCGUUCAGGCUGCCCAAAAGCGCAAAUACACGCAGGUGUUCAAUGCCAAUGAUCGCACACGAUCUGGCUACUUGACUGGGGCUCAGGCACGCGGCGUUCUGGUGCAGAGCAAGCUGCCCCAGGUGACGCUGGCCCAGAUUUGGACGCUGUCCGACAUCGAUGGCGACGGACGUCUCAAUUGCGACGAGUUCAUUCUGGCCAUGUUCCUGUGCGAGAAGGCCAUGGCCGGUGAGAAGAUUCCGGUGACCCUGCCCCCGGACUGGGUGCCGCCCAACUUGCGCAAGAUCAAGUCACGACCUGGCUCGGUCUCUGGGGUGGUGUCGCGUCCAGGAUCGCAGCCCACCUCCCGGCACGCAUCCGUGUCGUCGCAGGGAGCCGUGUAUGCUGACCCAACAGCCGGACUGCCCGGACAAACAUCCUUCGAGGACAAGCGCAAGGAGAACUUUGACAAGGGUCAGGCAGAGCUAGAUCGCAGGCGCAAGAUCAUAGAGGAUCAGCAGCGCAAGGAGCGUGAGGAGCGGGAGCGCAAGGAGCGGGACGAGGCGGAUAAGCGGGAGAAGGCUCGCUUGGAGGCCGAGCGUAAGCAGCAGGAGGAACUGGAGCGGCAGCUUCAGCUUCAGCGUGAGAUCGAGAUGGAGAAGGAGGAGCAACGCAAGCGGGAACUGGAAGCCAAGGAGGCGGCCAGAAAGGAGCUGGAGAAGCAGCGUCAGCAGGAAUGGGAGCAGGCCAGAAUUGCUGAAAUGAACGCACAGAAGGAGAGGGAACAGGAGCGUGUGCUCAAGCAAAAGGCACACAACACCCAGCUUAAUGUGGAGCUGAGCACAUUGAAUGAAAAGAUCAAGGAUCUGUCGCAGAGGAUUUGCGACACUCGGGCGGGCGUGACCAAUGUAAAGACCGUAAUCGAUGGCAUGCGCACUCAGCGCGACACUUCCAUGAGUGAAAUGUCGCAGCUGAAGUCGCGCAUCAAGGAGCAGAACGCCAAGCUGCUGCAGCUCACCCAAGAGCGAGCCAAGUGGGAUGCCAAGAGCAAGGCCAGCGGCGCAGCCAUAGGUGGCGACAAUGCGCAGCAGGAGCAACUGAAUGCAGCCUUUGCCCACAAGCAGCUGUUAAUUAAACAAAUCAAAGACAAGGUCGAGAACAUUGGCAAGGAGAUUGAGUCGAAGAAGGAGGACAUCAACUCUAACGACAACCAGAUGUCCGAGCUCAAGGCGGAGCUCUCCGCUCUGCUCAACAAGUGCGAGGAUCUGUACAAGGAGUACGAUGUGCAGCGCACUUCGGUGCUGGAAUUGAAGUACAAUCGCAAGAACGAGACCACCGUGACCUCGGCCUGGGACACGGGCAGCUCUAGUGCUUGGGGCGAAACGAAUACGACUGCCACCGAUCCCUAUGCUGGCAUGAGCAACGAUGUCACCGCCGUGGCAGCUCCAGCUAUGGAUUUGAGUGGACCGGCUCCCGAGGGUUUCGUAAAAUACCAGGCCGUGUACGAGUUCAAUGCUCGCAAUGCCGAGGAGAUUACAUUCGUGCCGGGUGACAUUAUCUUGGUGCCGUUGGAACAGAACGCCGAACCGGGAUGGUUGGCUGGUGAAAUAAACGGACACACCGGCUGGUUCCCCGAAUCCUAUGUGGAGAAACUGGACGAUGGUGCAGUUGCUGCCGUCGAACCGCAAGUGGUUGCCGAAGUGACAGCCGUGGCGGACACCUAUAAUGACAAUAUCGAUAUCAGUAGUGCGGCGGUACCGCCAUCUGCCGCCGGCGAUCUGAGUGCCGCCGGCGAUGUGGAGUACUACAUAGCCGCAUAUCCUUAUGAUUCCGCCGAGGAUGGUGAUCUUAGCUUCAGUGCCGGCGAGAUGGUGAUGGUCAUCAAAAAGGAGGGCGAGUGGUGGACGGGCACCAUUGGCAAUCGCACCGGCAUGUUCCCCUCGAACUACGUCCAGAAGGCGGACGUGGGAACGGCGAACGCGGCGCCUGUCGAGUCGGUUGAAGCCCUGGAUCAGGAGACGACGCUGAACGGCAACGCUGCCUACGCUGCUGCCCCAUCGGUGGUGGAGGCGCAGGAGCAAGUGUUCCAGCCACUGCCUGUCCAGGAGGUGGGCGAGCAGCCGAUCACAAGCCCCGGCAUUGGGGCCGAGGAGGCGCACGAAGACCUCGACACUGAAGUCUCCCAGAUCAAUACACAGUCCAAGACACAAAGCAGCGAGCCGGCCGAGAGCUACAGCCGACCCAUGUCACGCACCUCUUCCAUGACACCCGGUAUGCGGGCCAAGCGAUCGGAGAUCGCGCAAGUAAUCGCUCCCUAUGAGGCAACCAGCACCGAGCAACUCUCGCUGACGCGUGGCCAGCUGAUCAUGAUCCGCAAGAAGACGGACUCCGGCUGGUGGGAGGGUGAGCUGCAGGCCAAGGGACGGCGCCGCCAGAUUGGCUGGUUCCCCGCCACCUACGUGAAGGUUCUCCAAGGCGGCCGCAACAGCGGACGCAACACUCCCGUCUCCGGCAGCCGCAUCGAGAUGACCGAGCAGAUCUUGGACAAAGUCAUAGCUCUCUAUCCGUACAAGGCACAAAAUGACGACGAGCUCUCGUUCGAAAAGGACGACAUCAUCAGCGUGCUGGGUCGGGAUGAGCCGGAGUGGUGGCGUGGCGAGCUGAACGGGCUUUCCGGUCUCUUCCCCAGCAACUAUGUGGGCCCCUUCGUGACGUCCGGAAACGUAUAACGAGGCUUCGGCUUUGGCCUUUAAGCGGCAUCAUGCACUCGCUUACACAAAAACCGACAAACCGACAAAUCUACACGAUCCCUUGAGAAUUGGGGUAUAUUAAGAUCAGCAGCAGCAGCAUCAUCAAUGUCCUCCGGAUUUCGAUAUUCUAGAAAAGCCUAAAAGCGGGCUACUUACAUAUUUACAUUGUUCAUCCUGACGACGUUUUUUCACAAUGUUUAUCCUUAUUCCCUUCGGUGUGAAAUUCCCUUAACUUGUUGAUAGAAUUAGUAACCAGAUCUCAUCGGAAAUCAGUCAUAGAAUCAAACAUUGCUCUCAUGUUCGUAACCAAUCAAACGAAAGAUACAACCGAAAUCAAGUAAGACACAUUUUAGAGGAUUUAUAUAGUAAUCUGCAUAUGGAAACUACAAAAUACAUAAGGAUAUCAAGUGACAAUUUCAAUUUCGUUGUAUUAGAUGUGUUUAUCGAUAGAAAACCGAGAAUAUUUAACAGUUUUUCCCCCAAAAUGCUACUACACAUACGCAUAUAGUAUAUAUAACGAUGGUUUUCUGUGUUUUCCAAUAAUAUCCGAAUAUAAUUGUAUAUAUUUCAAGUAAACCGACCAACCAACAAGUUGGGAGGAAAGUAUGAAUUAUUGUUAACUAAAUAUUAAGCAUAAUGACCAUUCUCUUAUAUCUUAAAGAAAACUUUAAAGACAUCAAGGAUAAUGGAAAAAAGAAAAAAAAAAUGGGAGUUAUAUAAGCUUACACAUACGGGCAACAGUAUUGAUAAUAUUAAAGAUAUAUGUAAUGGCUAAAAUUCUGUUUUUUGAGUAAUAUUCUUGAUUUUAUAACUAAUUUAAGCGCUUGUCUCAACUGCCAUAAUUGUAUUUAUUUAAUGUCUAUUAUCUUAUCGUCUGAAUGUUGAAAUUGUUUGCCGUUAGUUUGAAGCAUAGGAAUGGAUGUAAAGAGAUGUAAAAAAUGAGUAUGUACAAAUUCCACGUAUAGAAGUUCAUUCAACUCGAUUGGAAUGAUAGUCAGAUAUUACGUUUUGCUGUUCGAAUCUGUUUAUGCUAGUUGCAGUUAGUCUUACUUAACAAACUCACUCACAUAUUUGUAUCUACGCUAUCUCGUACAUAUGAAGAAACACUGUCGAAUGCCUUUCAAAAAAUUGAUAACCAAAAAUGUCACCUUACAUGAAUUAACCUAAUCGUAACUUGUUAUUGCAUACCACGACUAUUUAUGCGUCUAUAGCUCUAUUAAACGAAACCAAAGUAAAAAAAAAUCGUUAUAAGACCCGCAAAGCGCCGAUCAGUUGGCGAAACAAUACCGACUGAUUGGCCGCUGGGCGGGAAAAUUCUAAAAGCAUAAAACACAUAUUUAUGUAGCUAAUGUUGGGUUUGAUUAUUGAUUCCACAUAUAUGUACUAAUAAAUUAAAAUGAACCACAAAACUAAGCAUAUACAUACUAUAUAGAGAAAGUACUAAAAAUUUUCUUUAGAAAAAAAAGCAAAAUGCAAAAAACGUUAAUUGAGAUAUUCGUACAUUCCAAAUCCCACACAUAUACACCCCUGCAUACAUAUAAUGCUCAUAUACGCGUACUUGUUUAAUCGUUACGAAAGUUAAUUAAUGUAAACAAUGCUUAAGAAUAAUUAUCGACGAGGAUAGAGAACCCCAACAAAUUCUGAACGCAUUAGCACACUUCACCUACACUGAGACUCACUUUAAACGCGAAAUGGUGACCAUCGAUAUAUAUUUACCUAUAUACAAUCCGGACCGAGGAAAACUUAUAGGAAUCGUCUGCAGACACACACAAUGCAUACUGCAUACGAGUAAACAUAGAAGUUAAUUCUUCGAGAAAUGCAAAACUAAAAGAUACCAUAAAACAUAUUGAAAUAUAUCAGUUUCAAACAUAAUUAGAAGACAAGUAAAAAAAGAAAACCAAAAAUAUUAAAUAAAAUUAUGAAAAUAACAAAUUACACAUAUUUGGUGCAAUAAAUGU